AUGUUGGACUCGACCCCCACCAAGCCCUCCCCACCCGGCGUCGACAAUGGUAAUUGUCAACUGCUGGGACCUCCAGCACUGAUUGUGCAGGGGCUGAUGGGUGUCAUGGUCGUCCUGACGCUCGUAUAUAAACGAUAUCGAGAGAAACCAAAGCGCAAGUGGAAAAUCUGGAUGUUUGACGUGUCUAAGCAACUUGUUGGUCAGAUUGUCGUCCACUUUGCCAACGUGUUCAUUUCGGAUUUCGGCGCAGACCAGGCUGUACAGAAUCCAUGUGUACUCUAUUUUCUCAAUAUCGUCGUCGACACGACUGUUGGUGUCGGGAUCAUCUACUUGUUCCUAUGGGGAACGACAAAAGUACUCACUGAACAAUUUCAUGUUCAUGGACUGCAAACGGGUCAAUAUGGAGAUGGACCCAAGCCGUCUAUCAAGUUUUGGGCUCGGCAGGCUGCCGUCUACGUCUUCUGUUUGCUUGGGAUGAAGGUCGUCGUCGUGCUCCUCUUUGCUAUAUGGCCUGGAAUCUUUGCCAUUGGCGAGUGGCUGCUUUCGUGGACUGGAAACUCUGACACGGUGCAAGUGGUUGUUGUCAUGGGAAUCUGCCCUAUUGUGUUCAACAUGCUCCAGUUCUGGCUCAUCGACUCGAUUGUCAAGGCGCGAGAUUCGCUCGACUCGUUGGUGCAAAACGGAGGAUUCGUUCCCUCUCGCGAAGAGGACGAGGAUAUACAUGCACCAUUGUUUACGGACAACGACAACGACGAUGAAUACCACGAUGCAACCGCUGGGAUCACGGGAAGACGGCGAUCUCGAGAUUUGGAGCGAGGAAUCGUUUCUCCUCAGAAACGACCUCGUUCCACUUCGACUGAGGGUCUCAAAGAGCCCAAGGCGGCUCCAUUGAAAGAAGACACAGCUCAUGCUGGUUCCUCGAAUACGAGUACAGAGAGGAGAGCGUUCCCCAUCAAACAACGUUCGCCACCGCCAUCACCGGCAUAUGGAACCACACCAACCGGGGAAGAUGCAGACGAUGAUUGGGGUGCGUGGGAUGAUGAGGAUGAGAGUUGGAAUGCCGGAGCGGGGAAUACAAACCCGUGGGCACCCAAAGCGGAUACAGCCAAGAAACCAAAGCCAAAGUCGCGGUCAAAUACGACCUCGCCGAAGCGGGAUGGUCGACGGCUGAGCUUGACACGAAUGCGAAGCGAGGGACACGCGGAAAGGACUGCCUCGGGGACGGAAGAUACUUCAUUUCGAUAA